AUGCCUUCGCAGGUCACGUCCUGCCUCCGCCUGGCACGGCAAUUCAGCUCCAACCCCUCCAAGCACCAGAAAUUCCUCGCCCGCGCAUUCUCGAGCUCCGUGCGCCGAAAUGAGAUCAACAAGAUCUUCCCCUCCGCCGUUGAAGCCAUCAAGGACAUGAAACCCAACUCGACCGUUCUCGCCGGCGGUUUCGGGCUUUGCGGCGUGCCAGAUACUCUUAUCAACGCUGUCCGCGCCAAUCCCACCAUCACUGGCUUGACUGCUGUCAGCAACAAUGCCGGUGUGGACGGGUCCGGGCUGGGUCUGCUGCUAGCGAGCAAGCAGAUCAAGAAGAUGAUCGCGAGCUAUGUCGGCGAAAACAAGACCUUCGAGCGCAUGUACCUCAGUGGCGAGAUUGAGCUUGAAUUGACACCGCAGGGGACGCUGGCUGAGCGGUGUCGGAGUGGUGGUGCUGGGAUACCGGCUUUCUAUACCCCAGCCGCCUUUGGCACGGUCGUGCAGACGGGUGAACUACCGCUCAAACAUAACAGUGAUGGUACGGUGGCGCUGUACGGCGCGCCGCGAGACGUCAAGAUCUUUGACGGGAAGAGCUAUGUGAUGGAGGAGGCUAUCAAAGGCGACUAUGCCUUUGUCAAGGCCUGGAAGGCCGAUAAGCUCGGAAACUGCCAGUUCCGCUACGCAGCGGCGAAUUUCAACGGCGCCAUGGGGCGGAAUGCUAAGAUGACGAUAGUCGAGGCCGAGCACAUUGUCGAGGUAGGCGAGAUCGAGCCUGCUGCUGUCCACUUACCAGGCAUCUAUGUCAAGCGGGUGAUCCAGAGCACGGAGGAGAAGAAGAUUGAGAAAUUCACAUUUGCGAAGGAAGAAGGUGAUGAUAUGUCGGCACUCGGGAAGGGCGAGACUGCCAAUAAGCGGGAGCGUAUUGUGCGCCGCGCCGCGAAGGAGUUUAAGAAUGGUAUGUAUGCUAACUUGGGUAUUGGGAUGCCUAUGCUGGCUCCUAGCUUUGUCGACCCGUCUGUCGAGGUCAUGCUGCAGUCGGAGAAUGGGAUUCUGGGUCUGGGCCCGUAUCCGCGAAAGGGCUCCGAGGAUCCGGAUCUGAUUAAUGCCGGAAAGGAAACUGUCACGCUUCUUCCUGGUGCGGCUGUCUUUGGGAGUGACGAGUCGUUUGGCAUGAUUCGGUCAGGGCGUAUCGAUUUGACUAUUCUUGGAGCCAUGCAAGUUAGUGCGAAAGGAGAUCUAGCCAACUGGAUGCUUCCAGGGAAGAUCAAGGGCUUCGGUGGUGCCAUGGACCUUGUUUCCAACCCAUCAGCUACUAAGGUCGUCGUCACAAUGGAGCACACGGACAAGAAAGGCAACCCAAAGAUUCUCAAGCAAUGCGAGUUUCCGCUGACCGGAAAGGCCUGUGUUAGUCGUAUCAUCACGGAAUUGGCUGUCUUUGAUGUCGACUUCACUGACGGGUUGACCCUGGUUGAGGUUGCCGAAGGUGUCACCGUGGACGAGGUCAAGGCCAAGACUGAGGCUCCUUUCCGUGUUGCUGAUGACCUGAAACAAAUGCUGUAA